UGUGUCUGAAACCUUCCACACCAGCCUUGGUCUUUAACAAAAUGAUCUCUGCUUUUUGUUCCUAGAUUAGAUUUUCUUUCCAUUAUUAAUAUAUCCAAACAGUUGCACUGUUAAGUUUCACAUUUAGCAGUCUGGGAGUGGAAGCUGCUGCCUCACUUGCUGGUCCAGGUUAGACGUGGUGUGAGCGUGUGUGUGGUGUGAGAGUCACUGCGGAGGGAGGAGGAUUAACUUCCUACGCACUAACAGGGAGUGGUGCAGCUUCCAAACUGGGAUGAUGCUCUGCUGGCUGGAUGCUUUGGGAUUAAAAGAAUUAAAGAUUGGAGGUAGUUUGAUGAUCUGUGUGUGCUCUCAGGGGUCAGAAGCCGUUAGAAGGCGAGUAAAGGGCCCCCUGAAGAUGGGAAGUGGUGGCAAAGGUUCUCGUGGAUGGGAGAGGCUCACUCCUGGUUUCUCCACAAGGAUGUCAUGGGUUUCACUUAUUUCUGUUCCCAGCAUGUUUGUCAGGGAUUUAGCCAAUCUCCUUGGGACACUGUAGUGCUGGUUGCACCAGAACACCUUGUCCUCCUGCUGUCUCAACCCUAAAUUCUUCCUGUGACACUAAAUCCCAUUUCUGUAGAAAACUCUGGAAGUGUUUGAAGCUCAGAGUAACUGACCCAUGUUCCCAUAUCUGUGGUCUGAAGACCUGGAGGCUUGUAAUUGGAAUUCCCUGAGUGAGCCCAUUAGAGAUGGGUGUCUGUGCAGUUGGAGGACUGUGGAGAGGGAGGACGGAUCCCAUCCCUAUCGUCGUCAAGUAUGAUGUCAUGGGCAUGGGCCGCAUGGAGAUGGAGCUUGACUACGCCGAGGAUGCCACGGAGCGGAGGCGAGUGCUGGAGGUGGAGAAGGAAGACACCGAGGAGCUGAGGCAGAAAUACAAGGAUUAUGUUGAUAAAGAAAAGGCCAUUGCCAAGGCUUUGGAAGACCUCAGAGCAAACUUCUACUGUGAACUCUGUGACAAGCAGUAUCAGAAGCAUCAGGAGUUUGACAACCACAUAAACUCUUAUGACCACGCUCACAAACAGAGGUUGAAAGAUCUCAAGCAAAGGGAAUUUGCUCGCAAUGUCUCUUCGAGGUCACGGAAGGAUGAGAGGAAGCAGGAGAAGGCCCUCCGGCGCCUGCACGAGCUGGCUGAGCAGAGGAGGCAACCUGAGUGUGCUCCUGGAAGUGGGCCCAUGUUCAGAACCACCACUGUGGCCGUGGAUGAGGAAGGUGGAGACGACGAUGAUUCCGCAGCCAACAGCGGCUCCUUCGUCCAGACGAGUUCUGGCCAGGCUGCAGAGAUGACUAUGGACAGAGGCUUCCUGAACACAGGACAGGGUGUGAUGCCAAGCCAGGCGCCCUCUCAGGCAGCACAAGCCAUCAGCUUUGGCAUCAAGAGCUCUCUGGGGACUCCACUGCAGAAGAUCGGGGUGUCGUUUUCCUUCGCGAAGAAGACCCCGGUGAAGCUGGAGACCAUCGCUUCUGUUUUCAAGGACCAUGUGGAAGAGUCCAGCUCUUCAGAUGGGGCAAAAGGGGAUGAGAGGGGGUCUUCAGAGGCUGGCAGCCUGCAGAAGUCUGGGGAGGGAGAAGGCACCAACAAUUCUGACGGCAAGGAGGACGAUGACCAGCACGACAAGGACGGCGGGUCCCUGGCCAGCACCUUAUCGAAACUGAAGAAGAUGAGGAGAGAAGAUGGACCAACGGCCGUGGAACCAGAGUACUACCACUACAUCCCCCCAGCCCACUGUAAAGUGAAGCCCAAUUUUCAAUUCCUGCUUUUCAUGAAGUCAACCGAACAAAUGGAAGCUGAAAAUGUGAACAAAAAAAACACAAAUGAAGUGAAAAAGGGGACUUCCCCCAAACCCAAACCCGGGAAGCACACGGAGAAAGCCACUGAGAGCACGGCGCAGCAGAAGGAGCAGAGUACUACUGAAACCACAUCCCAGCAGGGCAAAACAGAGCCAAAAGACAUCCAGGAGAAUGAAAGUACAGAGGAGAGCAAACACCUUCCAGAGAGCAAACCCCCCGAGCCAGACACUGCUAAAGAAGCUGCUCCACCUGCCUCGGGCUGCAGAGAUGGCUCUGAGGGACCAAAGCACCCGACAGGACCUUUUUUCCCAGUUCUGAGUAAAGAUGAGAGCACAACACUGCAGUGGCCUUCGGAGCUGCUCAUAUUCACCAAAGCUGAGCCCUCUGUGUCCUACAGCUGUAACCCCCUGUACUUCGACUUCAAGCUCUCCCGCAACAAAGAUGCCAAAGGGAAAGGGGCAGAGAAAUCCAAGGAUCCGGGGGGACUUUGUAAAGACAACAGUCAGAGCACAGAGUCUGGUGAGGUGAGCAAAGCCAAGGAGGGCGAAAGUGUAGGCAACAGUUCUGCUGUGAAAACAGAGAACAAAUCCCAGAGCAAGCAGGAGUCUGGCCUGGGCAGCGUCGGUAAGGGGGAGGGGGAGGACAGCAGUAAGAGCAUAACGGGGAAGAGUAAAUCGGGGAGGUCCCAUAAACACAAAAAGAAAAAGAAGCACAAAAAGUCCAGCAGACACAAACGCAGACACAAGGAGGAAGCUGAGGAAAAGGGCCGUAAAGCUGAGCUGGGGGAAGAGAAACCCAAGAAACGGAAAAGGCACAGGCACAAAAAAGGCAAAUCCUCCCUUUCGACGGAGUCGGACCGGGUGCUGAAACCCGAACUGUCAGAAGACUGCAGCCACUUCCAGAAGAAAAAGCGGUGCUCCCAGGAGUCCCAGAGGAAAUCCCUGUCUGCCGAGGAGGGAAGCAGCGGUAAAAAAGAGGACGGGGGUAACUCCUGCCAAGAGCACGGCAGCAAGAAACACAAGACUGAGCUGCAGCAGGGCCCUGCUGCCAGGAGGCGCUGCCCGGCUGCGUCUCAGGGCCGGCCCGGCCGCCGGAGCCGGCAGAGCAGCGGCGACUACGACAGCGACGAGGGCUCCCACGGGAAGCACUGCCGGCAGAAAUCCCCGUCCCAGUACAGCGACGACUACGACUCCGGCAGCGAGCACUCCCGCAGCCGCUCCCGCUCGGGCCGCGGGCACUCCUCCCACAGGUCCUACUCCAGCAGCUCCGACGCCUCCUCGGAGCACAGCCGGUACAGCCGCCGCAGGAGCUACUCCGACGACAGCUACAGCGACUACAGCGACCGCUCCCGCUGCCACUCCAAGCGCUCCCAGGACUCGGAGGAUGACUCCGACUACAACAGCUCGAACCACCGCUCGAAGCGGCGCAAAUACUCCUCGUCGGAAGAUGACUACAGCUCGAGCAGGAGCAGGUCCAGGAGCCGGAGCAGGAGCCGAACCCACCCUCGGGGCAGGUCAAGAUCGAGGAGCAGGGGCAGGACCCGCAGCAGCAGCUGCAGCCGCAGUCGGAGCAAGAGGAGGAGCCGGAGUGUGACGGGUCGGAGCUGGAAGCGGAGCCGCAGCUACAGCCGGGACCGGAGCCGCAGCACCCGGAGCCACUCGCAGAGGUCCCUGUCACGGAAGGGCUCACGGGGCCACGAGAGCCCUGAGGAGAGAAGGUCUGGCAGGAGGGACUUCAUCAGGUCCAAGAUCUAUCGCUCCCAAUCCCCGCACUAUUUCCGGACAGGCCGAGGUGAAGGAUCGCUGCUGAAGAAAGAGGAGGGCAAAGGAGAGGAUCUGAAAGGAUCUGGCUCUCUCUCCCAGAACAGCAGCAGCUCUGGCACGGGGCGGGCCUCGGAAGGGGACUGCAGUCCUGAGGAGAGAAACUCUGUCACUGCAAAGCUGCUCUUGGAAAAGAUUCAGUCCAGGAAGGUUGAGAAGAAGCCCUGUGUGGCUGACGAGGUGCUGGCGGGGGCAAACAAGGUGGGCAUAAAGCUCAAAGAUCCUCCCCAGGGCUACUUUGGCCCGAAACUUCCUCCUUCCUUAGGCAACAAACCGGUUCUCCCGUUAAUCGGGAAGCUGCCAACGGUGCGGAAACCGAACUCCAAACGAUACGAGGAGUCUGGCUUGGAGAGGGGUGAGGAGCAAGAGCUGUCGGAUGCUGAGGACGGUUCCCAAGGCAUGGAAGAGGGUCAGCUGGCUGGGCAGUCUCUCCUGGAAGAUGUGGUGAUGGUCAUUCAGGACAAACCUCUGGAUGAGCCGAAACGUGACGAACCUGCCGUGGAGAUGCCGUCGAUUCCCCUGGAAGCGCCAGCGCUCCCCGAGUGCUUUGGCUCCGGAGAUCUGGUCAUGUCACACAACUUCCUCUCGGAUCCGAGCGAUGGUGACGGGCUGGAACCUAUGGAUGGGGGCAGCCAGCCGGUCCCAGUGGAAACCAGUAUGAUGCCCUUAGUUCCAGACGUCGAGCACUUUCCUGGCUAUGUGCCUCAGAGCGGCGAGCCGAGCAUGGAAGGGGAUCGGGAAGGGGCAGAAGAUUCCUCUCUGGCCCCACUGGAGAGCCAGCCCAUCACCUUCACCCCCGAGGAGAUGGAGAAGUACAGCAAGCUGCAGCAGGCGGCCCAGCAGCACAUCCAGCAGCAGCUCCUGGCCAAGCAAGUCAAGGCCUUCCCCGCCUCUGCGGCCCUGGCGCCGGCAGCGCCCGCGCUCCAGCCCAUCCACAUCCAGCAGCCGGCGGCGGCCUCGGCCACGUCCAUCACCACGGUGCAGCACGCCAUCCUGCAGCACCACGCCGCCGCCGCCGCCGCCGCCAUCGGCAUCCACCCGCACCCCCACCCGCAGCCCCUCGCUCAGGUCCACCACAUCCCCCAGCCCCACCUGACGCCCAUCUCCUUAUCCCACCUGACCCACUCGAUUAUUCCAGGGCACCCCGCCACCUUCCUGGCCAGCCACCCCAUCCACAUCAUUCCGGCCUCAGCCAUCCACCCGGGCCCCUUCACGUUCCACCCGGUCCCGCACGCUCUCUACCCGACCCUCCUGGCCCCGAGGCCCGCAGCCGCCGCCGCCGCCACGGCCUUGCACCUCCACCCCCUGCUGCACCCCAUUUUCUCAGGACAGGACUUGCAGCACCCACCCAGCCACGGCACAUGAAGGACAGAACGAAGGAACCUCGGAGUUUUGGGAAGGGGUUGGAGCUGAUCCAGCGGUCGGGUGAGGCCUGAGCGUUUCCUGUCACUCUUGAGCAGCCAAAGAAGCCGGAGGCUCAAGGGCUGGGCGGCAGCGUUGUCCAUAUCCACUCCCAGGGAUGUCUCGCUCCGACACUUCCGUGCACGCAGCCAGCACCGUUCCAGAAGAACCAUUUCACCUGCAGACCAGCGAGACACUUGGAAAGGCUUUUUUUUUCCCCCCCGGGUUCUUACACUUGGUCAUCUUCCUUCUGCCGCCUUGUAUAUAAUAAAUGAGGUCUCAUCCACACUAAUAGGUCUCUCAAAAUCCUUUUAAUGAGGUCAUCUAAUUAAAAUAGUCAGCAUGAUUGAAUCCGGUGUGUAAUUGGCGAUGGAACAUUCGGGAGCUGUCGGCUGCGGAUCCCAGCGAGGAGGCCUCAGUUUUCAGGCCUUACAGAAGGUUUCUUGGCUCCUGUCACUGCACAUGUGGGUUUUUUCUUGGUGUGAGCAGCAAAGGUGGAAGUAAGAUCUUACUGUAAAGAGGAGAAGGAGCUGUGUGUGUGCCCAGAGCUCCCAUCCUUCUCCAUCCUGCAUCCGUGUUCUGCACCAGGACCGCACCUGCAUAUCCCGGACUGGAGAGAGCUGCUCGUUGGGGUUGGGAAUUCCAGUCUGGGCUUUGACCACUCUUCUCCUGGAAGGGGGGGAAAAAAAAAGAAAUCACUCUGACUUCCAUCUUCUGUGGUGUUGGGAAAAAGGCACUGGGAUGGGAGAGAGAAGGAAAAUCCUGUUAGGAAUUGAAGCAAUACAGAGGACGAGGAGCGCGGCCGGGGGUGUGAAGCGUGUUCUUUCCUCUGUAACACUGAUGGUUGUUUCCUUAUUAAUUUAUAGGAUUAUUUUUUUUUUAAUGUAAAGAAUUGCACUGAACUCUGUAAACAAAGAUGCUGCUUUUUGUAGCUCCUAUCAAAGGUUACAUUUGUAGUAUAUCGCAAUAAUAUUUUUUACAGCCAGUUCUUAGUGGUACUUGUUCUGGUGGCUUCUGUGUAAAUAUGUUUGCUGUAGGUGACCCAAGACACUUGUAAAGGUUCAAUUUAUAGUUUCAGCUAGAUGCAGAACGAACUAAGCAUGUAUAUUUUAUCAAGCUCAUGUAUUUUUGAAGUUUUUAUGUACUAUAAAAUGUAAAAAAAAAAAAAAAUAAAAAAACCUUCAUUUAGAAUUUUGCAGAAGAAAAAAAACAAACCAACAGGUGAGACUUGGGCACAGUGAGGGGGUGGGGGCAGUGGUGACUCCAGCAGGUGCUGCUCUCCUCCCUGCCAUAGGAAUGGGCACUGGAGCAGCGUGGGGAGCAGCAGGAAUUCAGAGUGUCUCCCAGAGUAUAGAUAUCCCUUUUUUUUUUCCCUCUUUCCUUUUCCCCUGUUUGAAAAAGUGAUGUGCACAGGCUCCUGGUGCAGGAGAGCCUUGGGACCGUUCCCAUCCCACACACGGGGUCACACUGAGCUGGGGCUGCCUGACUUAUUCCAGGAGGGGUUUCCCAGCUCUUCCCAGCAGUGCCUGUGGGAGCUUCCCUGUCCCAUCCCAGGGGAUGGUUUGCUGACACGGGCACUGCAGGUGCAGGUCCCCUCGUGUCACAGUGGUUGGGGCACCUCGGGGAGGCUCUGUAGGGUGAGAUUUCAGAGCAGGCACCGAGGGGAUGCAGUGGCAUCCCUGUCCCCUUCUCCAUCCUCAUCCUCUUCCCUGUCCCGUCCUGGAGCACGGAGUCAAAGGAUCAAACCCUCCUGAGCUUCCUCACUGUGUAAACGAGAAAUUGGAGCAGGUCAGAGUGACACAGGGGUCACAAAAAGGGACUCAAUUUCCUGUAAAUACCCAACAAUUCAGUGUUACUGUCAGAGCUGAGCUUUGUAGGGCCCGACCCCAUCCCGGGGUUGUUUUUGGACUUCCAGGAUAGCGCUAAAAAUAAUUAACCUGUCAUUACUUAACGAGCAUAAACAGACUGUAUUUAACUUUGUCACAUAAGAUAUAUAUAUAAAUAUAUAUAUAUGCUGUAAAAUGAGGGAAAAAAACCUUUCUAAUAAACCAAUGAUUUGUGGAAAAAA